GUCGCCAGCGAGCGAUCGCCUGCGAACGCACUUGACAUGGGUGUCGGCGUACUUCGGAGGCUGAGCUUCAAGGUCCAUGCCGCUCUCGAGAGCUUCUUCUACAGAUGCGCCCACCACCAAGCCCGCCACCCCUGGCCAUGCAUCGCGCUGUCCUUCGCCCUCGCCGCCCUUUGCGCGCCGGGCCUCCUCUUCUGGAAGGAGCGGACCGGCCAGAACGUGGAGACCUGGUUCCUCCCGGGUUCCUAUAUGCUCCGGGCGCAGGAGUGGAUCCACGAGAACUUUCCGGAAGGCACGAGGCACGAGACCGUCGUCGUCACGGCGCCGAACGUUCUCGCGCCGGAGACCGUCGAAUACAUGGCGAGGCUCGAUAAAAAGAUUCGGUCGAUAACGGCCGAUGGACACGCAUGGGACGACGUCUGUGCAAGGCCGGAGGAGUUCCUGGAGGGCAAACCGAAGGACCGGAAGGAGCGAACUGCGACGGCAGGGGUCGGGCGGGGCGAGGACGGAGGCGAGGCAGCGUCUUCUCGGGGAUUCAAAGGACCCUCACGACCGGAAUCUCCAAGAGUUCCACUGGAGAUGUCAUCUAAAAUGCCCACCCUCGAUCCCAUAAAAACGGUGCAAGUCCCCGAAACGGUGCCUCUUUCUCCCGAUUUCGACGCCAUCCCCCCGAAGAAUUCUUCUUCUACGAAACAGGAAACGGAAGAGGGGAUCCCCGUCUUCCAUUUCGAAGAAGAACCACGGAUCCCCGAACCCCCAAUCCCCUCGACCACCCAGCUCGACCCCGAAGACUACCCGUCUUACGUCGACGGAGCCGCCUUCCCCGAAGAAGCCCCAUGGACCCAGCCCCCGCCUUCGACGACGACGUCUGCCAUCCCCAUCACCACAACCUCAAUCCCCACAACUCCAACCCCCACCACAACCCCAACCCCCGCCACAACUCCAACCCCCACCACAACCCCAACCCCCACCACAACUCCAACCCCCACCACAACCCCAAUCCCCACAACUCCAACCCCCACUGCAAACAAGAAACCCCAUCGCACUCCCUCGGCAGCACAACUCACCGACGAUUUCGAUUCCGUGACAACCGAGCAUCAAGAGAAACUCGAGGAAGAGAAUCCCAAAAACGACCAGAACGGACAGAACUCGAACCACCAAAUCUUCCCGCCUCAUCUCGACAUCCCACCCAUCGAAACAGGAGGCUCCAGUGAGGACGACGGGGACACCCAACCCAUGGAAACUGGAGGCGACAGCGAAUACUACGACGACUACGGCUGGAAGGACGGUGCAGACGAGACUCCCCUGUUCGGCAAAAAUAACAAAACGUCUUUCUACGACGAUCGAUGCAUCUAUAUCAGCACCAUGCUCUUAUGGAGCCACGAUUACGACUUCAAGAGCAUCACCCAAGAAGAGAUACGCGACAAAGUCACAAAGGCUCUGGAUAAAAAGACCACGUCCUCGAAUGACGUGGACGUCAUCCUAGCCGGAAUCGAAAGGGACAAGGACGGAAGAGUGAUUUCAGCCACGGGGACCAUGAGCAUCUACGUCCUCAAAGAUCGAAGCAAUGUCACUUCCAAUAAUGGAGAGAAAUUGGAUCUGACAGCGGAACCGUGGGAGCAGGAAUUUCUGGAUCUGGUUUUCGGGGAGGUCAACCCCAAACCGAAAGGAGUGGAGGUCUUUGCCUUGGCUGGAAGGAGCUUCAGGGACGUGGUGGGGCAGAUGAUGCAGAGGAACCUGCCGCUACUAGGCUUUGGAUUCGUCAUCACCACCGUCUUCGUCGCCUUCAACAUGGGGAAGAUGAACCUUCUUCAACAUAGGGUGCUCAUCGGCUUGGAGAGCCUUCUGGCGAUCGGAUUGACCAUCGUGAGUGCGGUGGGGGCGUGUUUAUACUUUGGCAUACCGUUCUACGAGCUGCACAACAUCAUGCCCUUCCUCAUCCUCGGCAUCGGCAUCGACGACACCCUCGUGAUCGUCCAGAGCCUCGACAACGUGAUCGCCUCGGGGACGUGGACGCCGGAGGAGCGGGUGGCGCUGGCUCUCAAGCAGUCCGGGGUCUCCAUCACCAUCACGACGCUCACGGAUGUCUUCGCCUUUUCCAUGGGUGCGACUACGAGCGUACCGAUGCUUCGAAGCUUCUGCAUCUACACGGCCGUCGGGAUACUCAUCAUAUACGUGGAGACCCUUCUGCUGAUGGUGCCGAGCCUGGCUCUGGACGAGAGGCGGAAAGACAGUCACCGCGAGGGCUGCCUCUGCGUCCCGCUGCCCGGCUCGUACAAGCCAGCUCCAUGCUCUCAGAGGGAGAUGCUCACCGUGGUCUUCCGCAAGGUCAUCGGGCCUGCAGUCGGGCUGACGUUCGGGCUGCUGGGUCUCAACGGGUGGAAGAUGACCAAGCUGGAGAAAGCCUCUGAUGGGAUGUGGUACGUCGGGGCAGGGUAUCCCAAAGACUUUGUCGAAGUUGUCGAGAGGCUCUUCCCGGCGAGGGGCAUCCGAGGGAACUUUUUCCUGGGGGACGUUGACUACUUCAGAGAGAGAGAAUCUUUGGAAGGCCUUACAAGAAAUCUAUCGUCGUUGGAACUGAUCAGGAGCGACUCCAUCGAAUUCUGGUAUACUAGCUUCCUUCAGUACUUGCAAGAGGAAGGAAAGGGAUACCCAAAGACAGAAGGUGAAUUCAAGGACGAACUCUCCACGUUCCUCGCUUUCACGAACAAGGGUCGCAAAUACCUUCAAGAUCUCGUGUAUUCCGGGAACAUCCUUCUGGACUAUAACAUCACGGCAUCUCGAGGAGCGUAUCAGCACAAAAUACUGAAGACGAGCACAGAAAAACAACAAGCAAUCGUGGAGGUCCGGGAAUCAGUGAAGAACGCACGAUUCCGAUUCAACGACCCCUUCCGAAUCGCUUUCUCCAUGGAAUACGUGCACAUCGAGGCGAACAGGGUGAGUCGUGGUGGAGGCUGGGAGGGUGGGAGAAGCAGGGAAGACGCUGACUGCACCGCGCAUGCGCAGAUCGUGUCCGACGAGCUGCCGAGGAGCGUGGGGCUCACCACGGUGGGGGUGUUCGCAGUCGUCCUCGUGCUGGUGGGGGAUCUGCGGGUGUCGCUCUGGGUGCUGUCGUGCGUCGUGUUCACGUUGGUGGGGAUCGCGGGGAGCAUACAGAUGUUUGGGCUCACCAUCGAGUUGCUCACGUCCAUUCUCAUCAUUUUGUCCGUGGGGUUGGCCGUCGACUACUCCACGCACAUCGCUCAUAAGUUCAUGGUCACUCGGGCCGACUCCAAGAAUGAUCGUGUUCUAAUAACGCUGACGAGCAUCGGUCCCCCGGUGUUCAAUGGAGGAUUCACCACGAUGAUGGCCUUCGUCUUCGUCUGGUUCAGCGACAACUACCUCUUCACCAGCACCCUCAAGGUGAUUUGGGUGUCGGUUUUAUAUGGCCUCUAUCACGGUCUCAUCUACCUCCCCGUCAUGCUCAGCUGGUUCGGCCCCGAGCCAUUCCAGGACACUGCGGUCGACGCGACUCGGUCGUCUUCUGGAGAGAAGUCCUACGAGGACGGUUCCAAGUCUCACGAGGACGGUUACGGCUUUCCCUCCAAGACGGUGCGGAAUCUUCAGCUGGGACUCUUGUUCGGCAGACACCGUGGGAAAUACCCCUUGGGUGGCGAUACGACGAUGAAAGAUGCGAAGUCCUCAGACGAUGGUAAAUCGGCAGGCGUUACACUCCAGCCGAUCGCUUCCCGAGAGAGUUACACUCCUCGACCAUUCACUUGACUUACUACUUCGUGUGAACAUGACCUGAAUGUGGCAAGUGUGAUGAGUGCCUUUUUUAAGUACUCACCAGUGCAACAGCUACGAAGUACUCUGUAGUGCCAGUCCCAUUGUGCAUAUCAGGCUCAUUUCGCUGGUGUAACGAAGAGAUACACGUAUUUAACAGGUUAAUUAAGUGUCCUCUUUAAACACUGGUUAAAUAUUCGUCGGACUUCUCUCCUUCC